GGGAAGAAAGCAUACAGUCCCUUAGAGUCUCAAAUGCACUGCAAGGGGUUCUGUGUAAAGACCCUCCGCAGUCUCAGUAACCAGAAUUUAUGCUACUGAGAGGGUAAAAUGUGGUCCUGAUGCAACAAGACACCAUGGAGUUAACAAGAGGAAAAACAUUCAUAAAAUCUAGCAUGCAUCUGACUCAUGACAGAUUACCUUUGGUGGGCUUAAGUCCUAGAGAAAAGGGAAAUGCAGGAAUAGACAGAAAGGAAGGGAGCAAUUCUGAAUUUGAAAUCCAAAAUGCCAGUUUUGCUACAGAUAGAAAUGUCAGAAUAUCCAACAGGUCCACAAAGAUUGGAUCUAGUGAGAGCAGCCUCUUGCUGCCAGAAUCUUUCUACAAACCUGUAAGGAAAAGCAAAACUUACGACUGUGCUCUAGGCAUGGACAAAACUGAAGACUGUAGCUACAGCAGCAAGACAUCUGAGGAAGGCUCAGCAGCUCCUGGGAGAAAUAAAGGGCGACUCAUCAACAGUGCCAGCUUUUCUGGGCUAGGGAACACUCCACAUUCGAAUGGCAAGAAAGAAUCUGUGGUCAACUCAAGCCAUUUUUUGAAUGGUCCUCACCAAAUGAUUGAUUAUAGGAACUUUGUGCCACAGAUGCCCUUUGUGCCAGCUGUUGCAAAAACUCUCCCUAGGAAGAGAAUUUCCCUGAAGCGAUCAAAAAAAGGUAUCCGGGACAUAUUUCACCUUAAAAAAAACAAACCAGAGAGUCUUACUUUGCUGUCAGAGAAGCAAAAAAGGCUACCAUUUCAAGGGGGCACGGCAGAAUUGGCAGGGAGGUUGACUAAAUAUUUCUUCAAAGCUGGAGAAAACCUUUCUGCUGACUGUUUGGCACAAGAUUUUUCUGAUGGUGAGAUGCUGUCAGAAUCUUCCUAUGAGUACUCCAGUGGUCUGUGCGAGGACAUUGCUUCCUUAAAGAGUUUUGAUUCACUCACUGGGUGUGGAGAGAUCUUUGCAGACGAGAGCUCUGCUCAUAUGGAACUGGAGGUCAGCAAAGAAAUCUCGCUGAGGCAAUCUAAGCAGAAAGAGAACCCUGCUACAGGAAGCUUUCAAGGUGGAGUGGAACAGCUUGCAUCCCCGGCCCAGAAUGAAGCAGCUGACUUUGCAAAACUUUGGGACAACAUCAACAAAUCUGUGCAACUGCAUCAGAAGAUGCUGUUUGACAGGAAGCUACUAAAAAUACCCAGUAGUGAGUUGGGUAAGGCAACAAGUGAGACUGAUACCUCUGUAAUUGACCUACUUUCUUCCCCUGACUCUUCCAAAGAAAGUUCCAUCGAUACAGGGACACCAAAGAGUGACAACCAGGAAUCUAUGUCCACCAGUGAUGAGGGAUACUAUGAUUCAUUUUCUCCUGGACAAGAUGAUGAAACAAGGGAAGAGCAAACCCCUACAGUACCGGGAAGAUUUCCAAGAGACAGUUAUAGUGGGGAUGCUCUUUAUGAACUAUUCUAUGAUCCCAAUGAAGCCCAAAUCAGCCCCGACCCAGAUGAUGACCUUUGCAUGUCUGAAAGCAUUUCAGAAAAAGCCACUGAAAUACCAUUGUCCAUUUACAGUUUUCAUGUAGGGUCAGAAGAAAACAUGGCAUCUCAACCAGCUGUCGACAUCAUUAGUCAGGGGUUUCUCCACAGCACAUGGAAAGGCAAAGAAUGCUUGCUUAAGCUUUGUGACACAGAGCUCUCUCUGACCAUGGGGAUUAUCAACUGGCUGCGGAAAAACCAAGAGUUGGUUUCCCCCCAAGACUUUCCUAAGUUCCAGCAGGAGAAAGAUAAUGAGGCAAUCCUCUCUAGUCCCAGCAUAAGCCUGAACAUGAAUGAAGCAGCUCAGGCAGAAAAUAAACACCAACCAGAGGUGGCUGCAGUUACCAGUAAAAAUGGAACCCAGAGGUAUGCCACAGACAAAAUUGAAAAUCAGCAAAGAGAUGUCAUUGCAAGUAGCACACCUGAAGAAUGUUCCAGGUUCUUAACAGACAACAGCGCAUCAUGCAACUUGCAGAGAUGGGAGGAUAGUUGGCAUGACUUACUGACAAGCUCCUCAGAGACUGAGAAAGUGUUGCUCUUCGAAGAAUGUAUAGUUCCUUGCACUCCAGUGCCAUCCCUAGAAGUCCUUCAUCCCGAUUGCCAAACAGACGAGAAUCCUUUGAUAUUGGACAACCACGAUGCAGAAUCAUGUUCUUCUUAUAUGACUGCUGCAACCUCCCCAGAUUCUCUAGAGAUGGGAGAUGAAACUGAAACAAAGGAUCAACCCUGGUCUAUUGCAUAUGAUAAGCCAAUUGAACCUCUGAAUUUCAGCCACUCCCAAAGUCGCAUGAUGAGUGAGGUGCCAAAGGACAGAGACGCUAACGUGGGGCAGCUUCUGGAACAUUGUGCCACUCAGGUUGCCUCCCUAAACAUCAGUUAUGAAAAUAAGCACUUGGAAGACAAGCCCAUUGGGAGUGAAGUGGAUAUAAAUGCCACUGAGAAGGCUGAGUUAAAAAAUCAGCUGCCGUUACAAAACGAAUGUAUCUGCAUUGCUUCAAGCCCCAAAGAUCCUCCCGUCUAUUAUCCCUGUCAGUGUAAUGUUAAGACAAACAUCAGUGGCGGCCCUCUCUACCUUCUGAAUCAAAAAGAAGGCCUAACUGGUUUUGAAGACCAGAAAAACUCAAGUAUCCCAGACUGCAUCGGACCAGUUGCACAAAACAAACUCAGCUUUGAAUAUGCACAACUGAAUAAUCAAGCCCUGUCUUAUAUCAAAGAUUUCAAGUUUGAACUCAGUACUUCAACUUCAACUGCUGUGGCUCACUUUUUCAGACCCAGAUUUUUGCCCUUCUUCAGUUCUAUUUGCUCAGGCGCGUCCUGUGACUUUUCACAGCCUUUGAGCAGAAAGGCCAGUUCGCCGGAGAAGCAUUCCCAAAAUGGUGUCACACUGAGCAGCACACCUCUAUGCGAUUAUUCCAAGUUCCAGUGUGCAGUGCUGCCAAAGGUGGCUGCUCUUUCGCUUCCAGGAGAUGCUGCCAAAGAAGAAGCCAUGACUGAAAAGCAUAAUUAAUAACUUGCUAUCAUAUGGUGCAAGACUAAAGAAACCUGGCCUUAGGCCCUCUUCCAAAAUGGCCAUUUGUCUUCAGUGUUACAGUGAGGUAAGAUUGUUUCCAUCAGUGACAGAGACUUCAAGAAAACAGAACUACGGAUCAUCAUGCUCCUAAUCUCUGACCAAAAAAAGGUGGAUUCAAAGAACUCAAUAUUGCUAGCUCCUCUCAUGCAAUCACUUGGCCACUUGGGUGCAGAUGUGCAAUACUUUGUUUCUGAAUUGAGUUUUAUAAUGACCUGUGUAAAACGGUGCCUGGGGAUCAUCCUGGGCUCCACCCUCUGACAGCUGGCCCUGCUCGCAGGCUCCUUAUGGAGUUUGGGUCUGGACGAGUCCCACUGGGCAGCAUUCAACUGCUCCCCUGCCCCAACUCUACAUGGAGUUUGGGGUGGGAUGAGCCUGGCUGGCCCUGCUCCUGAGCUCCACAUGGGGUGGGGGUGGGGCAAGCCCUGCUGGUUGGCACUCAACUGCACCCCACCCCCUAACACCACAGGGAGUUGAGGGGUGCAGUUGUGAGGGGAGUGGCUCUGCAAUGUGCCCCCAUGUGACUGUGGGAGGUGACACCUGGGACUCUAGCCCCCUUCCGUGGCCCUUGCUAUGCUACUAAUGCCAUAAAUUCAAUAACAUUGGAGAUGAUGGGGGCUCUAGUUUUAUUUUAGAAUACAGACAUGUCCCACAAAAAAGAGGGAAUUUUCUGGUUAAGUUAAUUUAGGGAAUUUCAGCUCUUUUGAACAAUUGCCAUAUUGCGGUAUUCUACUGAAAGUCAAUGCUGCCUUUCUUCUUGCUGAGAACUGGGCAAAAGCAGCUGCAAGCUACAACAAGGAAGCAACUACACUGCAGGCACAAAGUUGCUGUGCAUAGCAGUGUGCUCAUUAUGAACUUUACCAGAGAACAUUGAAGCAAAUAGAUCAGUUCAAACAAGGUAUUUUAACCUGGCAAUCACAUUUAUGACAAAGUUCUUACCAUGCCUGAUUCCCCUGUUAGGUGACCAUGUGCAGUAGUUCUGCACUAAAUCCUCUGCUCUCCCUUCUUUUUUCCUGAAUAAAUGACUGAUGUUUUUGUUGAUGCUCUGAUGUUCCAGCCCAUGGGUAGCACUUUUUGAUCCAGGGAAAUGCACACUCAGACGUCUCGGGCUAAGAGUGUGUAAUGCUAGAUCAAAGCUCAAGUUUCAUAGGAAUUCACUGUUAUAUCAUUAGCUUUUUUGCCAUCCUGACCCUGAGCAUUUGUCCCAGAAUGCCUACUUGCACUAAUAUAUUUUGUAACACUUCUGGGAUAGCAAACUGGGUGUAUAUUUAAACUUGGACCUGAUGAUUUCAUGUAGGAAAGAGGGGUUUGUUUUGGAGGGCACAAAUGAAGGGGGGAGCAUCCCUUUAAGUGCUUUGCUCUCUAGAACAUUGACUUCCGAUGGAGAACCAACUUGGAGAAAGAUUCCACAUUAUCCUUCUUCCAGAUGUUCAGGAAGGUUUUUUUAUGGAGGUGCCACAAAUCUUUUCCACAAAGAAAAUUAUGCACAUAGUCCUUCCCUGCGCUCAAUUAGCUGUUUUCUAAGUGUUACAUACUGCACAGCAUGGAGUUUACUAUGUGGGAUCUCAGCAGGGUAUGAUGUCAUAGAGUCCACCAUCCAAAGCAGCUAUUUUCUCCAGGAGGACCAAUCUCUGCAGUCUGACGAUCAGUUGCAAUUCUGGGAGAUCACUAGGCUCCAUCUGCUUAUGCAGGGUUAUGGAACAUAGUAGUUAUAUACAGCUGUAAUCCCAUAACAGUUCCAAUUACAAAGGAUUUAAUCCUUGAGGGAAUGUUAUAUGUAAAUGAAAUAUUCUGUAUAUUGCAAUUUGUCACUGUUGAUAAGUUAUUGAUUGUACCCCAGUAACAAAAGAAUACUGUGUGCCCAUGAGCUCAGAAGGUGACCCAACAUUACUUUGAAGCAAUUAGUUAAACUUCCCAUUCUGACUGGCAGAUAUUCCAAACUUUCUCCAGAUAGAAAAGAAAGUACAUGCUGAGCCUACAAAAUGUGAAAGUUAGUUUUAUGUUGCAAUAUGUUUUGUGCUAGGGCAGGAAUGAGUUGCUAUGACACUGGCCUUUUUCUCUGCUCGUCUGCAUAUUUUUUCAUGGCCCACUCAGUUCAAAGGACAUAGUUUGGCACUUAAACCUAAAUCAAGUAAUGCAGUUUUAACCAGGUGGGCCUUAUAUUUCCUCAGUGGUUCAAAACAGGAUGUCAUUGGUCCUGUCCCUACUGUCUUUGCUUGAAAGACAAGAGCUUCUACCCCAGAUUACUUUUGAUAUGGAAAUCAUUGCAACAGGAUUUUAAACAGGGUUGGCCUUCUGAGUCUCCAUAGUAUGCUGUGUUUACUCAGUAUUCUUGUAUAUAUUUUUAUUUUAUUUGUAACCCACCCUUUCCCAGCAAAGCUGGCCUCAUAUACCAGAUCAUGUUAGCACCCUGGAUAUUCAUAGUUGCUACAAAAAUAAAUAGCCAAUUUCUCCCCCAUCAGAUUUAAAUAAGAUUUUAACUAUUUCUCUGUAUAAUACUUCUUGUACAUAUUAUACUGUAUGUGUGAAAUUUAUUUAUUGGUUUUUAUAUUGAAAAUUCCCUAAAUUGCA